AUGAACAGCAACGACAAUAUGCUGCUGUCUUGGGAAUCCGAGGACACCUGUUCAGCUUCUUCCGAAAAAUCGUCCGUGAUACCCUCAGAGACAAGUGAGGACCGAGAUUUCAUCGUGUCGGACACAGAAAAUUUCUCUGACGCCUCUGCUGGGUCGACCGAAGGUUUCAAUUCUUACUACUGUGCCUCAUGUCGAUGCGAUGGGAAAUACGGCGUAAAGGGAGAGAAGAUUGCUAUCAAAACAAUCGCGAAGCACUCGGUCACCCAGGAUGAACAUGAGGUUACCAGGUACCUUGUAUUAUGGUACUCUUGGGAAGACGAUGAGAUGUGA